AUGGCGAUGCAACUUGAUCUUUCUAACGCUUCGGUGUUGAAGGAUGAGAAUGGCCGUCCGUUUAUUGUCGUUCGCGACCAGGGAAAGAAGAAAAGGCAACAUGGUACAGAGGCUGUGAAGGCGCACAUUGUCGCUGCCAAAACGGUGGCCAACAUUGUCAAGACUUCCUUGGGCCCUCGUGGCUUGGACAAGAUUCUCAUCUCCCCCGACGGCGAUAUCACAGUCACAAACGACGGCGCUACAAUUCUCGGCCAGAUGGAAAUCACCAACAACGUGGCAAAACUACUGGUUGAGCUGUCAAAGUCACAAGACGAGGAAAUUGGUGACGGAACGACGGGUGUCGUGGUUCUGGCUGCUGCCAUGUUGGAGCAAGCCGCGGACCUAAUUGAUAAGGGCAUUCACCCUAUCCGCAUUGCGGAUGGUUACGAUCAAGCCUGCGAAAUCGCUAUUGCAGAGCUUGACAAGAUCAGUGACGAACUUCCCUUCUCCCGCGAGGAUACCACCAACCUGCUCAAGGUUGCCAAGACGAGUUUGGGCAGCAAGAUUGUUUCCAAGUCUCAUGAUCAAUUUGCCCAGAUUGCCAUUGACGCUGUGCUGUCCGUGGCCGACCUCGAGCGCAAGGAUGUUGAUUUCGAACUGAUCAAGGUCGAUGGUAAAGUUGGCGGCGCUCUCGAGGACUCUCUUCUUGUCAAAGGUGUCAUCGUCGACAAAGAUUUCUCUCAUCCUCAGAUGCCCGAUGAGGUUCAGGACGCCAAAAUCGCAAUUCUGACCUGUCCCUUCGAGCCUCCGAAACCCAAGACCAAGCACAAGCUUGACAUCACGUCGGUUGAUGAAUUCAAGAAGCUCCAAGACUACGAGCAGGAGAAGUUCGCUGAGAUGAUCCAGCAGCUCAAGGACUCUGGUGCCAACCUGGUCAUUUGUCAGUGGGGUUUCGAUGACGAGGCUAACCACCUGCUUCUCCAGAACAAGCUCCCAGCUGUUCGGUGGGUCGGCGGUCCUGAGAUUGAACUUAUCGCAAUCGCCACGAAUGGCCGUAUCGUCCCUCGCUUCGAGGACUUGUCUGCCGAGAAGUUGGGAAGUGCUGGACGUGUUCGCGAGAUGACCUUCGGUACUACGAGAGAGAAGAUGCUGGUCAUUGAGGAAUGUGCCAACAGCCGAGCUGUCACUGUCUUCAUCCGUGGUAGCAACAAGAUGAUCAUUGAUGAAGCCAAGCGGUCAUUGCACGAUGCCAUUUGCGUGGUUCGGAACUUGGUCCGCGACAACCGCAUCGUUUACGGCGGCGGUGCUGCCGAAAUUGCCUGCUCUAUCGCGGUAGAGGAUGCUGCAGUGAAGAGCCCUGGCAUUGAACAGUACGCUAUGCGUGCCUUUGCCGACGCCCUCGAUGCUGUUCCUCUUGCACUCUCUGAGAACUCUGGUCUGAGCCCCAUCGAGACACUUGCCUCCAUCAAAUCUCGCCAGGUCAAGGAGAAGAAUUCGCGCCUUGGUGUUGACUGCAUGCUGACUGGCAGCAAUGACAUGCGUGAACACUUCGCCAUCGAUCCACUUAUUGGCAAGCGCCAGCAGUUGCUGCUGGCUACUCAGCUCUGUCGCAUGGUUCUCAAGAUCAACAACGUCAUUAUCUCCGGUGAUGACCAGUCCGAGUUCUAA